GUUGCCGACUUAAUAAAGCUUAAUUAAGCUUUUGAUAAAUUUCAUUAACUACACUUUGUAUAUUAGAACAUAUGGCAACAUCAGUAUCGGUCCCAGCAGUAUCCAGCUCUAUGGACUGGGAAAAUAUUAACAAAGAACUCAAAAGUCAUGGAUUUGCACCAGUGGAAUUAGAAACAAUGAAUUUUGGAAGCCUUGCUUCUGAGAGUGCCGAUAUUGUAGUAAUGGAUCUUCAGCAACGUACCGUUUUAACUGCGACAAUAACGGAUCUGCUGAAGAAAUGUGACCAUGGACAGUCAAUCAUAUCAGAUUUAGUUUUGUCCAACAAGCAUCUCAGAGAAGAGUUGAAGGCACAAGUGGCAUUUUCAGAAAAGUGCCACAAUCAGCUGACGAGUUUACAAGAGAAGUUGGCUGCGGAGGCUAAUAUUAAGACACCUCAGGUUUCUAGUAGUGGAGAAGGACAGAAACCAACAUCCUUGACUUCUUUGGCUACCGAAAACACGCUCUUACAGAUGCUAACAGAGGAACAAGACUUGGUAAUUGAGCAGCUUGCAGCCCAGCAAGCUGGACAGUCAAGUAGACAGAGCAGAACAGCCAAGAAGUACAAGGAAGCCUACAAGGGAUGCCAAAAAAAGCUUGCAGAGGUCCAAGAGAAGCUAGUGAUACUCCAAGAGCAAUGGGAUCUUUUGAGUUUUGAGUUAAAUAAUAAGUAUGAUAUGAGCGGGCUGAAGGAACUGCAAAAGAAGGUUAGAAAGUUGGAAAUAGCAUUACAGCCAAAAAUAAUGCCAAGUAGAGAGGUGACCACUGAGAGGAGUAUGAAUAAAUAUACAUACAACUUGCCGUUUGUCGAUGAAAUGCCUAGUGCAAUGUGCAAGCAACAUCUAAAGAACAUUUGUCAGGUGUUAGAGGUUUACGAUGUGAACAUGUUCUCUACCAAAUUGAAAGCCAUGUCCCAGCAUUUGACAUCUGACGCAAAGAUGAAAAAAGCCCUGCACGAAGUCGUAUCGCUGACGAAAGGAGAGCGUCACGUGAGAUGGGGCACUCCUCGUCCGAAACACGCUGUCUGGUGUGAGAAAACCUGGCAUGGAGUGAUACCCAUGCUGACUCUGUGGAGGCAGAACACAGUCCAGCUAGAGGCAUUACAAGAAGAGAUUAAUCAUGUUGUGCAGACUUUGCCGCCACAGAGGGAGCUACCGUUCCCAUCUCCCAGCAAUGAGCUUAGCGUCACAGACAUGAUUGAUAUGCUUAGGUGCAUUGGCGAGGUAGAUCCAACACAGAGCCACAGUGAAGAGAGGCCAGCAUCGCAGCAGCAGCUGCUGGCGAUCGCGCGCUGCCUGCAGGACGUGUUCGAGCUGAAGUCGCUGAGUCACGCGACGACGCGCAUCGUCGACGUCCACAAUCAGCUGCAGGAGGUCAGGAACGUGAUGCGCACGCUGAAGACCAUGCUGAGUCUAGGUGAGAAUGCCUCGUCGACGGCUGUGGUGGAUAGUGUAGGAGCACUGUUGGUAUUCCAGCAACAAGUCGAAGAGAAGUGGUGGCUCAUGGAAAAUUAAUACACAGACAGAUUGUGUGUGCGCGUGUGCGUGUGCGUGUGCGUGUGCGUGUGCGUGUGCGUGUGCGUGUGCGUGUGCGUGUGUGUGUGUGUGUGUGUGUGUGUGUGUGUGUGUGUGUGUGUGUGCGUGCGUGCGUGUGUGUGUGCUUUGUUAUUAUAUUUUUGCAUUCUACCAUAUGAUUACACUAUACAUACUCAGUGAUCGAUAUCAUGUUUCUGAGUCAUCGACUGCCAAGUGCGCUGCAUCAAAACACGUGUGUAUCAUAAUCUACUAAGUAUUCUAUGCCAUCACACCUGUAUGUUUUUUGCUAGCAAAGUAUGCUGUGCCAUUACGCCUGCAUUUCUUAGACAUCCAAGUAUCCUGCACCAGCACAUCUAUAUGUCUUGGACUGCCAAAUGUGGUGCGCCAUCACACGUGUAUGUUAUUGUUAGUAUGCUGCACCAUGGCUUUGUAUAUUGUGAAAUGCUAGAAACGCGUAGACUGCUAGUUAUGUUGCACCAUCGCACCUGCAUAUCUCAGGGAUGCUGAACACGCUACAACGCGACCCCACUGUGUGCUGGUGUUCACACCUAUGUAUCUACGCUGCACCAACAUAUAUUCUGUAUGACACUGUGUGCUUUCCAACUAAUAUAUCUUUAAAACAAGCACUCGGCUAACUAAUUAUUCAUGCAUCAAUGACUGUAUAUAUGAAUCACACCUAAGAGUGUCAGAUUUCUAUGUUUCACGUAGAUCGAUUUUAUUAACUAAGCGAGAGCAGAAUGUUAUGUUGUUAUUGCAUGUGCAAUUCGCCUGGAGAAUUUUAUUAUACGUGCACAUAAUGUAUAGUGGUAGAAUGUAUAUAAUGCAUGCAUAUGAAUUAGUUAAUAAUAACUGAAAUUCACGUCUCUUCGUCUGAUGAGUGUCAGUAAAUGAGGCAACCUAUUGAGUAGCAAAAAUAUAUUUUGUCACAGCGAGUUAAGAAAUUGCGAAGAAUACCUCAAAUAUUGCUACGGAAUUUCAUAACACUGUAAUUAUUAUUUCAUGCUGAAUCCGAGUUGUUGUUACGACGUUUCUAUAUGGUAGAUACGUGUGUGUUUACGUUGCUUAUAUUACAAUCCGGUUAGAUACAUUUAUAACCUGUUUUAUCACUCCAAUACGUAUUAGGAUUCUAUGUCAGUGUGCGCGCUUGCAAACGCAUGCAUAUGAAAACGUGAUUAAUUUAUCAUGCUAGUAUAUAUACACUCGGUGAUCACGUUUCAUAGGCAUUGGGUCAACCGAGUUAUCACCAUUAUGUUUAUGUGUUGGUUCUUACAUAUAUAAUAGAUUUAUACAUAUACUGUAUAUAUAAGUUUGUUGUUAGUUUGAUUAUGGUACUGCAUCCGAUAUCAUUAUAUUUGAAUCGUCUACAUGAAGCUGUUAUUCUUGUGCAUUUCUCCUAUUUUUCGUGCAUAUGUAUUACGAUUGAUCACCCCCCCCCCACACCUGAAAUAAUAUACG